GGGGAGCCUCUCUCCCCUGCCAGCCCCCGCCCAUCCCGACCGGUGGCACCAGCACCCGAUCUGCCAGCAUCCGUUGAUGGCUGCAGCGUGGUGGCACCUGCUGGCACCGGUGCUGCUGGCACUGCUGGAGCUGGUGGCAGCGGGUGACCAUGUGGCAGACAGGAGUGACCGGGUGGUGGGGACCUUACUGGGGGUCCUGCUGUGUUUGUUGGUGGGGUUGGCACUAGCCUGGCACCAUCUCUGCCGACUCUCGCCUGGGCGAUACCACCCUCGUCCCAUGGGACACCGGGCCCUGGCGCUGCUGCGGGGACGCUGGCACCGGCUGCGGGGACACCUGAGUGACAGCGUGGUGCUGCCUGGAGAUGGGGACGGGGAGGUGACAACAGCUGCAGAGGAUGUGGUGGUGGUGAUGGCACCUCGGGAUGAGGAGGAAGAGUUGAUGCCGUGGAGCCAGGAGCUCAGGCGGCAUGAGGAGGAGGAGGAGGAGCAGGAGGAGGAGGAGGAAGAGGAGCAGAAGGAGGAAGAAGAGGAAGAAGAGGAGGCCACAGGCAGCCCCCUAAGUGAGGGGCAGGUGGCAGGGGGCAGCGCCGAGGCCCUGCUCAGUGACCUUCACGCCUUCUCGGGGACCGCGGCGUGGGGGGACACACGGCCACAUGUCACUGCCCUCUGAUGUCACUGUCCAUGAUGUCACCAGCCCGUGAGGUCACCUGCUUGUGCUGUCAAUGCCCUGUGACUUUGUGAUGUCAUCACCCUGUCGUCAUUGCCGUGUGACACCACCAGCCUGUGACACUCUGCGAUGGCACUGCCCUGUGAUGACAUCACUGCCCUGGGCCAUUGCCAUCCUGUAGCAUCGCUGCGCUCUGGUCAAUGCUUUGUGAUGUCACCACCCUGUGAUGUCACUGUUCUGUGAUGACACCGCCCACCCUGUGGUGGCACUGCCCUGCGAUGGUUCCAACCCUGCAGUAUCACCACCCUGUGAUGUCACUGCCCUGUGACAUCACCACCCUAGGGCACCACCACCAUGUUGGCACUGCUCUGUGACAUCAUCUGUGAGGCCACCACCUGGUGAUAUCACCACCCUGUGCCAUCCCUGCCCUUCCUGCAAGCACUACCUGCCCCUGUCUGAGGCUCUUGACUGGCUGCAGGAGCCUGGCUGCCAGCCAAUAAAAGAGCAGCGCUGUCCAAUCAA